CCUCUUCAACGCCCUCUCUCUCUCUCUCUCUCUCUCUCUCAUCUCAUUUCUCAUCUCUCUCUCUCUCUGCGCCUAACGUCGCUUACGGAGAAGACGAAAUUUUUUGAACAGAGCUUUGUCCCAAACGCUAAACGACGCGCAUCGCUUAGGGUUCUUCUUCACUCGUCGGAGAUCUGAUUGUAUUUUUGACGGGAAAAAAAAAAAUUUCAGAUCGCAGAUCUCUAACGCAACCGUUGCGUGUCUUCGUUUCCAUCUGAUUUCCAAGGAAAUUGAAACGAGUUUUGGAGCUGUUGUAACUCUUUCGCUUUCAUGUUUUGUAUUGAAUCCGAAUCUUCUCCACAUUAGUUGUUCUACAGAUCUCCGAAGUUGGCUCCUCAAAGAAGAUCGCAGCGCCUCAUGGGCGGCCAAAUGCAGCAGAGCAAUGCUGCGGCUGCGACGGCGCUAUACGAUGGGGCUAUACCCGCUAAUGACGCAGGAGAUGCUGUCAUGGCACGGUGGCUUCAAUCCGCUGGCUUGCAGCAUCUGGCGUCUCCCGUUGCUUCUACAGGCAACGAUCAGCGUCAUCUCCCUAACCUUCUCAUGCAGGGUUAUGGAGCACAGACUGCUGAAGAGAAACAAAGACUGUUCAAACUAAUGAGAAAUCUCAAUUUUAACGGGGAGUCGACUUCUGAAUCAUAUACACCAACUGCUCAGACAUCAGCAGGUAUGCCGUCUUCGGAAGGGUUUUUUUCACCUGAGUUUAGAGGUGAUUUUGGAGCUGGAUUAUUGGAUCUUCAUGCUAUGGAUGAUACAGAGCUUCUAUCCGAGCAUAUGAUUACCGAACCCUUUGAGCCAUCACCUUUCAUGCCUAGUGUUAAUAAAGAAUUUGAAGACGACUUUAAUUUGCCAGCUAAUCGUCAACAACGGCAACAGACAGAUGCUGAACCUUUGGGUUCAUUGCCUAAGAGUGAAAAAGAAAAUAACAGUGUAGCCAAGAUUAAAGUAGUGGUAAGGAAAAGACCCCUAAACAAGAAAGAAACAGCUAGAAAGGAGGAGGAUGUUGUGACGGUAUCUGGUAAUUCUUUGACUGUCCAUGAACCCAAGCUGAAGGUGGAUUUGACUGCUUAUGUGGAAAAGCAUGAGUUCUGCUUUGAUGCUGUUCUAGAUGAGGAUGUUUCAAAUGAUGAGGUGUAUCGGGCCACAAUUGAGCCUAUAAUUCCCAUUAUUUUCCAGAGAACUAAAGCUACAUGCUUUGCAUAUGGUCAAACAGGUAGUGGUAAGACAUUCACAAUGAAACCACUACCCAUACGAGCAGUUGAAGAUCUUAUGAGGUUGUUGCGUCAACCAGUGUACAGCAAUCAGAGAUUUAAACUGUGGCUCAGCUAUUUUGAGAUAUAUGGUGGAAAGCUGUUUGAUCUGCUCAGUGAGAGAAAGAAACUUUGCAUGCGAGAAGAUGGUAGACAGCAAGUUUGCAUUGUUGGCCUGCAAGAAUAUGAAGUUUCAGAUGUACAACUUGUAAAGGAUUUUAUCGAGAAAGGAAAUGCGGAAAGGAGCACAGGGUCAACUGGAGCAAAUGAGGAAUCUUCUAGAUCACAUGCUAUCCUACAGCUUGUUGUAAAAAAGCAUGUUGAGGUAAAAGAAACUAGACGGAGGAAUAAUGAUGGUAAUGAAUUGCCUGGGAAAGUUGUGGGAAAGAUUUCUUUCAUUGACCUUGCUGGCAGUGAAAGAGGUGCAGACACCACAGACAAUGACCGUCAGACAAGGAUGGAAGGCGCAGAAAUCAACAAGAGUCUCUUGGCUCUUAAGGAAUGUAUACGUGCACUGGACAAUGACCAGCUGCAUAUACCAUUUCGUGGAAGCAAACUAACUGAGGUGCUCCGUGACUCAUUUGUUGGAAACUCAAGGACGGUGAUGAUUUCUUGCAUCUCUCCAAAUGCAGGAUCGUGUGAACAUACCCUCAAUACUCUAAGAUAUGCUGAUAGGGUCAAAAGUUUAUCUAAAACUGGAAAUAGCAAGAAAGAUCAAACUGCCAAUUCAAUGCCUCCUCCGGUUAAUAAGGAUACUUUGUUGGGCUCAAAUGAUGUGGAAGAUGUCUUCGAGCCCCCACAGGAAUUGAAUGUACAGGAAACCAGGAGGAGGGUGGUUGAAAAGGACAGCAACACUACAUCGGGUAUUGACUUCAGACAGCCUACAAAUUAUCGAGAGGAAAGUGGAAUCCCAUCAAUCUCAAUGGACAAGGGAAGAUCAGAGACGAACAGUUCUUUUGGUGGCUCCACUAGUCAGAGGAGCCACUUGUCUUCAUACCCCCAAGAAACUUCAGACCGUGAAGAGAAAGUGAAGAAAGUGUCGCCACCUCGUGGGAAAGGGUUGCGGGAAGAGAAACCAGACAGAGCACAAAGCUGGUCUAAAAGAGAAGUCAGUUCAUCGGAUAUUCCUACCUUGACAAACUUUAGACAGAGCACAAAUGAAACCGCGUCGAGGCAAUACGAAACUGACACUUCACUUGAUGAUAACAUUGAUGCACUGCUUGAGGAAGAAGAAGCUCUCAUUGCGGCACACAGAAAAGAAAUAGAGGAUACAAUGGAGAUUGUUCGCGAGGAAAUGAAACUUUUAGCGGAGGUGGACCAACCAGGAAGCAUGAUAGAAAACUAUGUAACCCAACUGAGCUUUGUGUUGUCUAGAAAAGCAGCAGGGCUUGUUAGUCUUCAAGCCAGGCUUGCUCGGUUCCAACACCGUCUCAAGGAACAAGAAAUACUAAGUCGUAAGAGAGUUCCUCGGUAGUUGUCAGAAGAAGAAGGAAAACCAAAAAGUGUGGUGUUGUUAAAGUGUGAAAGUUUGCUCAUGAAGAAGAGAGUGAAAAAGUUUUUUUAGUUUCAAUGUCAGAAGGAAAAAAAAGAGAAAAAGCAAAAAAAGGUGGUGGUCUCUUCUUUGUUACAAAGAAUGACAAAAAUGUCCUUCGUGUUUGUGAAAUCGGGCAUUUAUUUUCCUUUUAUUUUUUUUUAAUUUACUGAUUUUAGUUAUAAAAUUAUACCUUUUGUGUUUCCUAUU